AGUAUCCUUUGUACUAUAUAAGAGAGAGCACGUGCAAGAUGUUGUGGUUAUAUGUAAUUCUAGUAUUAUAUAUAUUUUACACCUUUACAAAACAAAAAUAUAACUACUGGAUAAAAUUUGGUGUUAAAGGACCGUCUCCUCUACCUUUUGUUGGCAAUUUCGGAAAAGUGAUGCUUCAAAAGGAAUCAGUGAAUCAGUGUGUAAAAGAUAUAUAUAAGCAAUACUCCGAAGAAAAGAUUGUUGGCAUAUACCGCGGUUUUCAGCCUAUCUUGCUUAUCAGAGAUCCAGAACUAAUCAAACAAAUAUUGAUAAAGGAUUUCAAUUUCUUUCAAGAUAGAGGAAUAAGUACGUCUCGCAGUCGUAUUUCUGAAAAUUUAUUCUCUGCUGAAGGUGAGAAAUGGAGAAUCCUAAGACAAAAACUCACACCUGUAUUCACGUCUAAAAGACUAAAAGACAUGAUACCUCUAAUUGAAAACUGUAUCGAAAAUUACUUAAAUUAUGUGGAACAUCUUGUUGAAAAUAAUAUUGAGCACGAAUUAAGAUUGUUAGCAUCUAAAUACACGCUACAAGCGAUCGUUUCAUGCGCUUUCGGUCUUAACAUAGAUACUUAUUCAGACACUCAAAAUGAAUUCACAAUAAUGGCAAAAAGGGUAUUUUCACCAACUACCAUUGUUAAGUUCAUUACUAUUUUAGAUAUGAUAAUUCCCGGUAUUAGAAGAAUUAUUAAAUCAAGCAAUGAUAUUAGUGACUUCUUUUUGAACCUUGUAAGAAAAGUUAUCGAGGAAAGAAAAAAUAAACCCAUGUUGAGAAAAGACUUCAUGGAUCUAAUGAUAGAAUUAAAAGAACAAGGAAAUAUUAGCGGCAAAAAUCAAUAUACAGGAACAGCAGAAAUUCAAAUAGACGACAACUUAAUAGCCGCUCAAGCUUUAGUUUUUUACGCUGCUGGGUUUGAAACAUCAUCGGCAACUAUGUCUUUUAUGCUUUACGAACUUGCUCUAAAUCAGAAUAUUCAGGAUAAGGUGUAUCAAGAAAUCCAUAAAAUUACCGAAAAAUAUAAUAACAAAUUGACUUACGAAUCAAUUAAAGAGUUGACUUAUUUGGAAAUGGUAUUUGAAGAAACAUUGAGGAAACAUUCAGUGGCGGGGAUAUUAUUUCGUAAAUGUAAAACAAAUUACUCUUUACCUGGAACAAAAGUUAUAUUACAAAAAGGUACACCGGUUAUUAUAUCAGUUAGUGGACUGCAACAGGAUCCGAAUUACUUUCCAAAUCCAGAAAUUUUUAAUCCAGACAAUUUUUUACCGGAAAAUAAAAACAAAAGACCACAAUAUACACAUAUGCCAUUUGGUGAUGGUCCUCGUAAUUGUAUAGGUAUGCGCUUCGCAAUAGUGCAGUCCAUGAUGGGGAUAGCAGCCUUUUUAAGGAAAUUCAAAGUGAUUCCUUCUACAAAAACAAGAACUAAGCUCCGUUACGAUCCUAAGGCUAUAACUUUAACUAGUCUAGAUGGUAUAUGGUUAAAAAUAGUAAAAAGGUCAUAAUAUCGAAUCGGUUCG